GUUUGUAGUCGUGCUAGCGGCUCAGCUUCUGCCCUCCGCGCUCAGCCCUCAGCCUUCCCCUCUCUCCUUCUAUCUGUCCCUCCGGAGCCCUGUGCUCGUCUGUCCAGUUCUGCCCUAGCCUCUCCAACCCUCGGACUGCCCAGACGCCGGGCACCAGUCUAGGAGAGGUGGGGGGAACUUUGCGAGCAACUUAGCCAGGGAAGGGAAGGAAAGGAGGAGAGAGAGACAGGAGACGGGAGGAGGAAGGAGAGGAGGAGAAAGAGAAGGAGGGAGAAGAGGAAGGCAAGGAGGAGAGUAGCCUGCGUCCGGCCCGCGCUCGAGCCCGCAACGAGUUGGGAAGAAGCCGGGUGCGCCGCGAUGAGCCCGUGGCUCAGUCUCGUGGUGCUUCUCAGCAGCUGGAGCCUGAGGGAGCUGGGGGUAGACGCGUGCACUUGUUCCCCGAGUCACCCCCAGGACGCCUUCUGCAACUCGGACAUCGUGAUCCGUGCCAAGGUGGUGGGGAAGAAGCUGGUGAAGGAGGGACCCUUUGGGACACUGAUAUACACCAUCAAGCAGAUGAAGAUGUAUAGGGGCUUUAGCAAGAUGCCCCAUGUGCAGUAUAUCCACACAGAAGCUUCUGAGAGCCUUUGUGGGCUGAAGUUGGAAGUCAACAAGUACCAGUAUCUGCUGACAGGUCGGGUAUAUGAUGGCAAGAUGUACACAGGCUUGUGUAACUUCGUGGAGAGGUGGGACCGGCUCACCCUCUCCCAGCGCAAGGGUCUAAAUUAUCGGUACCACUUGGGCUGCAACUGCAAGAUUAAGUCAUGUUAUUACCUGCCUUGCUUUGUGACUUCCAAGAAUGAGUGCCUGUGGACGGACAUGCUCUCCAACUUUGGCUACCCUGGGUACCAGUCGAAGCAUUAUGCCUGCAUUCGGCAGAAGGGUGGUUACUGCAGCUGGUACAGGGGCUGGGCACCCCCGGACAAAACAAUCAUCAAUGCCACAGAUCCCUGAGCUGCCAUCCCUCCCUUUUCCCCUCCCUCCCUUUUCCAGCUCAGCUUCCCUCGGACACUAACUCUUACCAGAUGAUGACAAUGAAAUUAGUGCCUGUUUUCUUGCAAAUUUAGCACUUCGAACACUUAAAAGGAAAAGUCUAUGCCGUCAUACUGAGUUUAUUUUUAAUCACACUUCCCUUCCCUCCCCCUUUCUUUUUGGCUUUGGCAUCACCUGUUUCCACCUGGGGAAAUGUUUGAUGGCUUGCCAGAAAUGAACAAGGAGAGCAACUUCUUUUAUCAGUGUCUAUAUAAUCUAUAUUUUUUUAGGAAAACAAAAAUCUAAAAACUAUCCCAGUUGGGCAUUGUAAUCCCCUCUAUCCCUUCCCUUACUCCUUUCCCCUUUCUCCCCAGUGCACAAAUUUAUAUACAGACAAGGCAUUUCCUGAAGGGAGAAGAGUAAUAGAAUGGGCCAGAAUCAGCAAGGAAACAAAUCCCAAGGCAGGCAGGGAAUUUAAAACCAUGAGGAGAUGGGAUCAGAUACUAUAAUGGGCUCUCCUAACUCUUGUCUGAAAGUAUGAUCGAGAGCAUGAAAUGAGGGGGAGGUAGACAGGCUUUCAGGCACCCACGUACCCCUGCACACACCCCAACUGGGUGUGUCAGCAGAGGGAUGACUUGGUGGCUCUCCCCAGAUUGUACUGUUUUGUGAGUGCAGCAGAGCCAGGAGGAAAUGUGCCUGCCUCUUACAGUAGACCAGGUGAAAGGCUGAGACCCCCAAGAAGAGCUCCUAGAAACUCUGUGGUCUCUUUUUGGCAAGGAGCUUAUAUAUACAUUUGGGAAAUACAUAUACACAACUCUCAGCUAGAGUCCAUUAGAGUGUUUCUUAGAGUAAUACCAUUGCCAAGUUAGACUUCAGCUCAAAGGGAGAUGGGGGAACAUAUUUAGGUGCACAUAUACCUAUUAGCCACACAGAGGUAUAAGCUAAGAUUUUACAGGACACAGAAUUAUGUUCAAUGCUGUUGAAAUCUUCUUUCUCCCUGCCUUUUUUGUUUAAAGAUGAAAACCCUGACAUUCCAAGUUGUUGGUUUUUAAAAUUAAAAUUUUCAACUCCUGAGAACUACAGGGCAGGGGCCCAGAACAUUUAGAGCCUCUCCUUCCCCUUCCAAGGUUGGUGGCCUCCCCAUGGCAGCUAGAGCAAGGAGCUGGGAUAGGUGGGGAUGAAGGGAGUACAGAUAGGAGAGAGAAUGGACUCGGCCUCUCACCUAAUGGAAUGUCCAUCUUCUUACUGCUUCUAAUGAAAUGGCUGGAUUGUAUGAUGCCUCCUUUCUCAGCUUCUCAUUGCUGGACCCCAUGGCCUACUGUGUGCUUCUUCCUUGUCCCCACAGUAUAGCAGUGGUGUUAGAGAGGUUGAUUUUGCUGUUGGCUGGAGGGCUUUUCGUUGUCUUUUGAUUUUUUUUAAAAGAAAACUAUAAUAUAAAUUCUCUUAUUAAAUAAAAUUAUUUUAAGUUUUAAUGUUGAUAAAUAGGAGAUACUGAGGAAAUGGUUGACGAUGUGUAUUUUACAGAGUUUUGGGGGUGGUGACAUUUAACACAAGUUUUUUUUCUUUUUUUCCCCUAAAGAUUAUAGUUAUUUAUCAAUAUGAUUUUGUACCUUCAGUUCAUUCCACAUUAGGAAAUAGAGCUGCUCUGCUUUUUGGUUGUGUUUUGUACUUUAAAUCACCAACAUGAUAUUUCUCUUUCUCUCUCACACACACAUCCAAACUCCUGAAAAAGGCAUUUGAAAAAACCCCAGUUUACGAACAUCCUUUGUCCUUAGUGGACAUUCUGCCUUCCAAUCUUUCUGACCUGGAGAGCAGAAGAGGUGGGGGAGAAUCAAGGCAGACACAAGUUGUUAACUGUACCACUGGAGACAAAGGCCAUGCUCAUCAAUGACUAAAGCUAUCUGGCCCGUGGUUCUUGUUACCUCAAGCUAAAGUACUUUAGCUUUUUUGGUAGCCCCACAGGCUGGCAAAUUGGAUGUCCUGAAUCCAAGUCCCCAGCCUUCCUGAGGCAUGAGUGUCACCUUCUCCAAGAGGUGAUCAACCAUGUAAGCCACUGACCAUCUUGGGUGAUCUUCGGAGUCACCUUCAUGGCAAUAAUAGAGACUCAAACUUAAGUUGAAAAAAAAAAAGGCAAAUGCUGGUUGGUUUAUAGGGAAGAUAGAUCUGGAGGGGGAAACUCACCCCUUUCCUCCUACCAAUUCCAAACCAGGGCAGAGAUAAUGGGCUCUUGGCAAAAAAAAAAAAAAAAAAAAAAGAAAAAAGAAAAAAAAAGAAAAAGUCUCUUGUGUGAUGUUCAAGGGUGAUUGAUUACUGAGCUUGCUAUAAGCUUUGUUGAUUCUACCUGUUCACUUAAUGUAUAAUUCAAGGUCAUUUAUAGAGUUGAGAUAUCUCAGUACUUCAAAUUAUUGUUCAUUUUUUUUGUUUUGUUUUGCUAAGUUCUGUGUUGUACGUAGGUUGUAAUAUCUGCACAAUUUUUCUUCAAAGCAAAACUAGAUUCCCCACCCCCCACAUGCCACCAAAUUCUAUUAAUAUUUUGAAAGGUAAAAUAUUUGAUGUAUAGACAGCCAGACUGGCAACAUGUGGAUGAUCAGAGAGCAAAUAACUCCUUUGCUUCCAUUAGAAGAAGUAACAUUUGACUUGGGCAUGCCCUUGAGUGGCAAGAAUUUUCCUCAUAGAAGAAUGGAGAGAGAACAAGAUAGGCCAAAAAAAAGUUGUAUUACUAAUGAAAACAUGGGAAGAAGAUUGGUCCUAUGGAUGUAAAAAUAACUUUUUAGAAAAAAGGAUGAGGGUGGCUCUUGACUAAGCUUUUUUCCUCUGACCAUCCAAGUCUGGUGCCCAAAGUUUGAUUGCCCAGCCUUCUCUUUCAUUCCUAAAAUGAAGUCAUCCUACCUGGCCAGGCAAUGCCCUCAUAUUAAAUCAUGAUCAUGGUGGCAUUGGAGAUCUCAGUUCAAGACUCCCAUGAGUUCAUUUUGUUCACUUUCCAUAGUUCUUGAGAAAAGACAAAUUGAACUGGGGGAGGGGAGCUAGAAGCCAACAGCUAAUCGGAAACACACUUCCCAACAGACAUAAGAGUCUUGCCCCUUUGGAAUGAUUAGUCUUCUGACUGUAACAUGACAGGGAUGGCUUGAAUCUGUCAUCUCCUAACACCCCUACGUUCUCUCCACCUCAUGCAUGGAUGCCAUUGGCAUUGGUAGUGGUGGUGAAAAAUGGAGUUAGUUAUCAUAGGGUAAUGCCUAAGAGUUUCACUACUGACCACUUUAAAAAAGACAAAAGGUCAUUGGAGUAGAUCAAAGGGAGACAAGUCAAAACACUCAUGGCUUUGGACAAAAGAAAGACAGAAUGAUGAGGGAGUUAAGCAGAUGUGGAAUUUAAAGCUAGAAGGAGCCUUGGUGGUCAUCUUGUUCAAUUCUCUUUUUACAGAUGAGGAAACUAAAAUCAGAAAAGUUGAGUGAUUUCCUCAAGGUUACAGAGGUAAUAAGUGGCAAAGCAGGGAUUUGAACCCUGGCCCUCCGGUGCCAAAUCCAGCCCUAUUUCUGCUAUGUAAACAUCAAUAAUUGGGUCCCCUCUUUCUCCUUGGUCAAGAGAAAGAGCAUGAGAUGGAGGGAGUAGGUUCUCUGGCCUGAGAGAAUGAUCUUAAUGAGCUUGUGGCUGGUGGCACCCACAAGCAUCUCAACUGUCUCCACCUCUUCUGUAUAGCCAGUCUGCUGUCCUCAAGUUAUGGGAGGGAAAACCACCAGGAGAAAACCUUGUCUGGAAGGAAUGUAUUUGUCGCUAAAUUUUGUAGCACUGUUUACAGUUUUCCUCCAUGUUAUUUAUGAAUUUUAUAUUCCGUGAAUGUAUAUUGUCUUGUAAGGUCAUGUGGCAUAAUGUUCACUUUUUAUAGUGUGUCCUUUAUUCUAAACAGUAAAGUGGUUUAUCUCUAUCACAA